AUGGCCGACAGUUCUAGGGUUCCGAUUCCCGACAAUGUUCGGGAAAUGGUCCGAGAGAUCAAGAAUAUCACGGAGAGGCAUAGCGAAGAAGAUGUUUACGCAAUGCUUCAGGAGUGUAAUAUGGAUAGCAAUGAAGCUACGCAGCGGCUACUCUACAUCGAUAGUUUCCAAGAAGUAAGAAAUAGGCGUGACCGAAAAAAGGCGAUCAGUGGUAGAGGUGAAGAUUCUAGAUCUUCAGGUCAAAUGGCUACGGGAGUGCGAGGAAACUACUCUAAUAGAUAUCGUGGUGCUACUAGUGGAAGGGUUACGAUAAUUCAAAGGGAGACAUCUCCUACUGUACCUGUAAAGAUACUACAAACUUCAUCCCCGAAAAAUUCUCCAUCCCCGAAAAAACCUCCAUCCCCAAAAAUACCUCCAUCCCCGAAAAAAACUUCAUCCUCGAAUAGCUCAAAUAAACACAAAAAGGAAUUGUUUGGUGGGUCUGGAAAUGAAUCUAUUGGGCAAGAUGUUCAUGAAGGCGGCCCCCAAAAGUCUGCAGGUUGUAUUUGUCUCAGCUACCUUCAUCCUAUUAAUUUAUUCCCAUUAUCUUACUCGUGGACAGAAGAAGUUGCAUCAAAGAAUUCCACAGUGAUGAUAGUAGAAGGAACUCCUGAGUAUGUUAUGGAACAAACAGUGUCUACACCUGAUUUGAAGCUGGCAGAAAUAAAUGUUAAUCUACUUCAUUCUGUUACUUUCCCCAAGUAUAUCCAAAGCAUUGAUCCUUUCAAGGGCGGGUUGACUUUUGGAUGUAUGGAUAUUGACUAUGAGAAGAGCUUUGCUAGUAACCCAAACACACAAGUUGUGCCUGCGACUAUUCCACAGACUGAAUAUGUGAGCUAUCAAGGGUCGUAUUUAAUUCCUCAAGAAGGUGAAGAUCUUGUUCAUCCUGAAUCUCCAAGACAUGUACAUGAGAUCUCAUCCUUGCAAGAAGUUGAUGAGACAGUAGAAUAUGAUCAGCAAAUACCUGAUCCACAUUUUAGUCUUCCUAUUCAACCCAUAUUAGAUGGAGAGCUUCAAUCUGAAGGUCAUGGAACUCAGAGUUCUCAGGCUUCAUAUACGCCUAAUCACCAAACUGAUGCAGAUGAACCACAGUCAAGUCCCUAUUACAUGUAUCAUCCGGCUUCAAACACGUAUCAAUAUACUGGGCCAACAACUUACUACCCUCAACAGCAGCCUUCAACUUCCAAUAUGUAUCCACCGCCAUUUGGUUAUGGCUACAGCGCCGCCAAUACACAGGUGACUUUUAGAGGUGACGUUAUAACUUAUGAGUGUACUCAGGAGUCAAUAGAGGCAUACUCAGAUACAAAAACUCUUGGAAACAACAAAAUACAGAGGAAUUAA